AUGAGCUGUGUUAGUUCAGUGUGGUCGGAGCAGCAGCAGCAGCAGCAGCAGCAGCAGCAGCAACCACAGAACCGACGUGAUUCAUCCUCGACUUCGUCUACUUCACUGCAGUCGUCGUCCACCGCCGCGAGCAGAGGCUCCUUCUCGUCGUCGUCGUCGGGAUCCUACUCGUCGUCCUCCUGGGCUUCGUGGUCCGCUGCCACCAGCACCGGACCGACGUGUUACGGUCCGAGGUCGACCACCAAGGCGUCUCUCUUUCAGGUCGCGUCAUCGGGUUUGGAUCUGGUGGCCGAGACACCUUCGAUCCUGCAGUACAACGCGCCGCUCGUCUCACCCCCAACUUCGCCUGAAUCGAUCCACGCAAUUCUAGGUGGGCCGUGUCCUAGCCCUCAAGCGACCUCCUCAACGCCAUCGACGCCUGCGGCGGGCCCGGGACCGACGCCUUCCAGGACGAGGGACAUGAUGUCGGCCAUCAUCCCCAGCAUCACCAGUCAUAAUCAUACCCCGGCUUCGUACACGACCUCGCCCCACCCCACGUCGUCGUCCAGCCACCACAAGAAAAACUUUGUGCCACCCUCGAUCAAGCUCAAUCAAUUCUUUGCUUCGAUCGAGAGCGGCGCGUCCGCACCCACACCCACACCCGCUCCGGCAGCGAAGGCCGUUGGCGGCGGCGGUGGCCGGAGCGGCGGCGUCGCGGGCCUCGUUGGCAGCACCGGAAACAAGUUCAAGGGCUUGGCAGGUGGUGUCGCCAAUUCGGCCAAAGGCAAGAUGGCUCAGGUAAGUUCAUGUCAAUCUAUUUUGUCGUUUCACCUCCUUCAUCGUCGAGAUCAUAGUCCUGAUUUUCCCCAGUCACGGAUUGUCCAGGCGAAAAAGGCCAAAGCGCUCAAUGCUCAAAAGGUCAAGGCGGACAAGGUCGCGGCGGCUCAAGCGGCGCAGGCCGAGGCCGAGGCCGAGCAAGCAGCUCGGCGACGACAGCAGCAGCAAGUGACGUACGAAGACGAGUAUGAUUCCGAAGACGAGCGAUAUUUCGAUGACGAGUACGAUGACGAGUACGAUGACGACGAUGACUAUAGCUCUUCGGGUGACGAAGGCGAUUCGGAAAGCGAAGGCUCCGCCCCCCACAACGUCGGCUCGGCGUCUCGGUCGACAGAUGCACAGCAUCCCCACCCUCCCCACCUUGCGGCCCUGUCCGCCGACACGACCUACACUUUCAAGCCUCUACCUACUCUACCUCAGUACAAGGGCUCGCGCGAGUCGGUCGACUCGGAUGAAGACGUGGUCGCGCACGUCGAGUACGCCACCGAACGAGAUUUCGUCGAGUCGACGUCGGCGCGAGUCACGGCGCACGAGAAGGACCCCGACCACCCUGCGGCCAAGCACGCGCACCAAUCGAGGUACAGCAGCGAUAGUGAAGUCGAACCAGACGAUCGAGACCGUGAUGACGAGUACCGGGGCCGAUCGCGACGGCCUCGAUUGCUGUGGAGGUCGCAGUUGGCCGAACCGACGGUCAAUGUGCUCGACCAUUACUGCCGCGAGUACUAUGCGAUGGAGUUGCCGAAGUUGAAGGGCAAGGGCAGUCCCGAGGGGAGGAAGUGGUCGCGUCAAUUGGACCAAGCUGGAUUGUAA